AUGAUAGACGCUACUUCUUUCUUGAUUUUCAGCGUUUCGCUGCGCAGGGAAGCAUUUGCGCUGAGUGGACUAGUCUUGGCGGCCGCUCUGCUAGCAAGCCUUCUGGCUGGUUGGGAAACGAGGCCGAGGAAGAGGCUGUCCUUGCCUGUGGCAGGAAGAAAUACCGACAAAGACUUCAGGGAAGCACUCGCUGAGGGCCGAAACUUGUACCCUGAUAAGGCGUUCGUGCUCCCAUCAGAGCCACCAAUUGUUGUACUCCCCCACAAACUCAUCAAUGCGCUUAAGUCAGCCCCAGAAUCGCAGCUGUCGGCGGACAAAGAAGUAUGUCGUCGUGGUCUUGGGCAAUAUACCGACUUGGGAACUCCCAUGCCGGAAAUGUUCCAUGCCAUCAAAGUCGACCUCACACGUCAUGUGCGAGAUCUAGUUCCUAUCCUUCAAAGAGAAGUCGAGACCGCUUUCGAACAACAUCUUGAGCUCCAAGAAGAUGGGCAGUGGACCGAAGUGACAGCUUUCAGCUUCGUUAAGAGAAUUGUGACCAUAUUGAACGCCGUUGCUUUUGUGGGCUGCGACCUAGCGAGGAACCCGGAGUGGCAAGAUAUCGCUUUCAACUAUUCGGCAGACCUUCGAAAAGCGUUUGAUGCUCUCAACAGGUGGCAUCCGUGGCUUCGACCGUUCGUCCAUCCAUUAAUCUUCUAUCAUAUUGGAUUUUCAACAAGACGAAGUCGGGUUGCUGAGUUGUUGCGAGCUACUAUUCACGAGUCUGAUACCAAAGGAACCGGGACUCACGCCUUGACAAAUUUUAUUCGAAAGCGGCUUGACGAUAGACGUCGAAAUGAUACGAAACUGCUCGCCAGGAUGCAGCUUCGAGCUGCUUUGGCAGGCGCAGACACUGUCGCACAGGCGCUCACAAAUGCGAUAUUUGACGUUGCAUCGGAGCCAAGUUACUCUGAGACUUUGAGAAACGAGGUGUCUUCAUUGGUCUCUGACGCGCCUGGAGGUACUUGGGAUAUGGGAGUGCUGAGAAGCAUGUCGAAAUUGGACAGUCUACUUCGAGAGUCGGCCAGAGUCUAUGCCCCAUUUCUAGUCGCAAUGGGUCGCAUCACCACAUCGUCGUUGGAGCUAGGUGAUGGAAGUGUAGUUCCGAAAGAUACGACCGUUUACUUUGACAUGUAUCACGCUCAUAGAUCAUGCGAUGUCCAAAACGACGCAGGCAUCUCAACCUUUGACGCCUUUAGAUUUAGUCAGCGGCGGGAAGAGCAGGGUCUUCCGAACAAAUAUCUUGCUGCAACUACUGGGCCGGACAACCUGCCAUUUGGCCACGGAGCUCACUCAUGCCCUGGGCGAUUCUUCGCAGUUGCUGAGAUGAAAGUCAUUUUGGCUCACUUGUUGCUCAACUACGAUGUGAGGCUAAGUGGUGGAAAGAGACCAGAGGCUGGUUAUUGGGGAAUUGCCGUGGUCAUGGAUAGAAAUGCCAAGAUCUUGUUUGGCGCCAAAGUGACCGAGCUCGACAUCAAUAACGUAUCAGGUAUGAUCCUUCGUGUGACAAAGUCAGGAUCGUUUGGUAACAUUGACAUGACCGCUGCAGAUGAUGAUCUUCUAGAGCUCAAAAGGGCUGUUCUAGAUCACAAAUUGAUCAUAAUUAAGGGACAAGAAAAUCUCCAGCCAAUCAAACAAUGGGAACUAGUCACUCGCUUGGACCCUAACGCAAGGCCGCAAAACCCAGAAUUAUUCAUGAAGGACUUUCACCCAGACGGUGGAGGUAUUCUGAAAGCGAGAGGAGUGACCGGCGUCCCCAGUGCUGAGAAUGUCCACGUGAUCGGCAAGGGAUUCCUCGGUGAAGACCACUAUGGGCUGAAGAACCUCAACAUCACCAAGUCCUUCUCAUAUGAAAAUCACUAUCCUACUCUCCCAAAAGAAGAGCUUGAGAAAGGUCAUACUAGGUUUCAAGGAUGGCACUUCGAUGCGCCGCUUUACAGUCGAGAUCCGCCAAUCUUCACGGCCUUUCGUGUGAUUAAGCUGCCCAAAGGGCCUGAUGUUAACAUCGCAUGGGAUAACGGAUCGGGCUUGAGCAUGAGAUCAGCACCUGGUCUCACGCCAUUCUUCUGUUGCUCGCAGCUGUAUGAGGAGCUUCUUACUGAAGAAGAGAGGGAAGUUGUCGACAACAGCUGGGUUGAGUACGCGGCGCUGCCCUACGAGUGGAAUCGAAACUGCAAAAUGUUUCCGACCGGACUUGGCAUUGUCAGCCAGGGCAGGGAACUGUCUGACAAUGAUUUCGAUUCCAUUGGAGUAGACCAUUCUAAAAUCAAGAGGUACCCGAUGGUAUGGGUGAACCCUGAGACCGGCCGCAAGUCUUUUCAAGUCCAGGCCAACGCCGCCAAAAAGCUCUACUUACGUCGAAGUGCAGCCGACGAACCCAAGGUCAUUACCGAGCUUUCUGAGGUUCGUCGUUUCUUGAUUGACAUUCAGUCACGAAUCUUAAAGCCAGAGUAUAUCCUAGUACCUCCUGAAGAGGAGGGGGAUCUACUCUUGUGGGACAAUUGGAGCACCAUGCACACGCGUGUAGACUACCCAGCAGAGUAUGGACCGAAAGCUUGCCAUCAAGCUGGAACAAAUGCCAGUGUCAGCCCCAAGGGCCCGACGCCAAUUCCUCAUUCUAUCACAAGACAAUUUGCAGACGCAACUCGAAUUGGUAGUGUUUUGGGAAAGCCUAGCACUGGUCAGCCUGGAGUCCUGGCGGCUGUCCAUUAG